AUGAUGUCCGACAUCGAAACGGAUCGCGGCGUGCUCCGUUAUACCGAGUUGGGCUCGAUGAGAACUCGAUCAAACCCCUUCGCCGAGCGAGCUCGUCUUCAGGAGCAGCAACGGGAGGCUCAGCUCGCCGAGAUCCGUCGUCAAGCCGCCGUUAUGCGCGACGAGCCGAUUGCGGAGAAAAAUCGACGAGAGCUCCAAGAUCGACUUGACCGGCGAAAUCGACGAACUCAGCAGGACAUGGCUGCUCCAUCAAGCGAUGGUCCAUCUGAUACCGAAGUUCGUCGCGGGCGGUUUGGCGAACGUGGCGGUGUCGGUCCGGCCAUCCAUCGUGGCGUAAACGAGGUCCUCCUUUCCGUUGAAGAAGCCGCUCGUAACCCGGGUCGUACAUUGCUCAAAGCAAUCACGCCUGGCAAAAAAACGCCUGGCAAAAAAACGCCUGGCAAGAAGUCGGCGAAAAAAACUCCCGGCAAAACCCCCACCACCAAGAAGACUCCUGGAAAGAGCAGCUCGCUUAAGAAGAUGGGGAAAAUGGUGCGAGGAAAGCGAGAGCGAUUCCAUCAAGCUCCCCGGGAUCAGGCUGACUUCUGCGAAGAAUUGCCCUACGAUUUGGUUAUCCGCUACCUUGGCGAAUUUCUCUCGUCAGAAGAUCAGGAGACGUUGGCGGAGAGAGCAUCCUCAUUAGAGGAUGCUUUUGAAGCCCGUUUCGGGCGAUUUUGGUCGGAUUUGGUGUCGGGCAACUGUCGCGUUAGCUUCUUAACACGAAGCGGUCGCUCCUGGAACGUCGAUGGUCCACUCUGGGAAAAAGACGCCGAAGAGGAAGAAGAGGACUAA